AUGCUCGCACGCACACAGCCACAGGGCGACAGCGGCGGUGCGCCCGCCCCUCGCCGCUCCCCCAGCCGCGGCGUGCUGCUGGCGAGUGUCUUUGCGCAGCCGCACGUGCAGGCCGUGCUUCCCGCCGGUGACAUGCUGGGCAAUGACGACGCGAUGCUCCCGCCGCGGCAGCCCCAGCAGCCGCAGCCACAGCCGCCGUCGCAGCAGCAGCAGCAGCAGCAGCAGCAGCAGCAGCAGCAGCAGCAGCAGCAGCAGCAGCAGGAGCCGCAACCACAGCAAGCUCCUGAAGGGCAGGGGCCGCCGGCGGGCGCGCAGGGGCAGCAGCUGGACAGGCGGGCGAUGGGAUCUUGGUCCUCGGGGUCUUUGCCGCACGCGGCGAUGGAGGCGCUGCCGUCGUCGGGAAGUUUGCAGGGCUGGCUGGGCAGCGCCCCGUCAGCGAGCAGCCCAAUCGUGCGGACGAUCGACGGCAGCGGGAGCUUCCGCAAAUGGAUCAGGUCUGAGAACAGCCUCGGGAGCUUCACGCUGCCGACCGCGUUUGCCAGCGGCGGCAGCGCCAGCAGCGCCCAGGCCUCUCUUGAAAUUGAGGACUCGCUGCAGCUGGAUGUGCAGCUGCUGCCCCCCGUGGUGCCCGAGGAGAUUCCCGCGGACGAGGCCGGCGAGGCGGCCGUCGCGGCCGCGGAGCGGCGGCAGUGGGAGCGGCGGCGCGUGCGGGAGGCGGAGCACCAGCGGCAGCUGCAGCAGAGCGCGUCUGCGGCCGCGAUCGCGGCGGGGGAGAGGGCGUUUCAUGCAAAGGUUGCCGGGUGGGAGGACGAGCUGCUCGGCAUGCUCCAGACGCAGAUGGUGCCCAUAACGAUCAGAGCUGUGGUUCAGACCUUCAAGGACAGGAUCCACACAGAGAGGGACAAGGCGGAGUUCAAGGCUCUGUGCGACAAAUACACAGUGGUGGUUGAGUACCCUGCAGAGUCGGGUGUCAAGUGCCUGGCUCUCAAGGCCUGGCUGCAGCAGGGGGAGGAAGGCGUCGAUAGAUGCAGCGACGUUAUCACGGGCUACUCGGCAACCUACGGCACGCGUAUCACCACCAAGACGGAGCGUUUCAGCAACCAGACCGGCCAGUGGAAGGCCAAGGGUGCCAUCACUAAAAUCAACGCCUACUAUGACCCCAGUACACAGUGCGUGCAGGGUAUCAAGGUGACCUAUGGCCCACUCGCCGCCAAUGCGCUGCUUUUGGGGAAGCAGGCGGGCCUGACCUCUCGUGACCUGACGCUCACCACUGGGGAGGUCUUCAACCAGGUCCAGGUCAAGGCCGGCUCGUGCAUCGAGUACGUGCGCUUUGCGACCAACAAGAGCCGCGCCCUAUCCACAGGCAACAGCGCCAGCAUGUCGGAACUGCGUACCACCUACCCAAACAAGCGCACAGGCUAUCUUGCGGCCCUCCGGGGUUAUGAGGCGUACUCGAAGUACGCAAACGGCACGAUCGUGCGCGGCCCGAUGGACACGCUGCAAAUCGUCUGGGCCACCUGCCAGUCACUGACUUCUGCCUCAGCAGCUCCGCCGCCAUCGCCAUCCCCAGCUGCCACCGCCGUGGUCGUGCCGCGCCCCGCCGAGCCUGCCAUGCCCAAAUGCCCAUCGAUUCUGGGCAUGUGCAACCCAUCUGCCGCAUCCACGAGUGGCGCAUACUGCGUGAUCAAGUCGCCGUUUAUCAAGCGCACAUGUGUGGGCGGCUGCUGCGCGUCGAGUGGCCGCUGCGCCAGCACCAGCUGCGGCGGCGCCGGCAUCGGCAAGGAGGUCGCCAACACCAUGUGCUACGGCCUCAACGCGCCGGGUGCUAUCGGCGUGAGCGCAAAGUGCGCGGGCCUGGCCUGCUGGCUGGCAGUGCCCGGCUGCACCAGCAGCCAGCAGACCGGCGCUUGCGUGGGCACGGUCGUGGACUUCUAUGGCACUGUCGCCACCACCAACGCCGCGGGCGCGGCUAUGGUUGGCUAUCCGUGCCUGGACGUCUCGACAGCCAACGCCACCCUGGACAAUGAUGGCACGGAGGUUCAGUACGGCCAGUUUGCGGCCAAGCUGUGGACAGUGUGCGACUGCAACGCCUCUGCCGUCGUCGUCACCGACGCGUCCGCGGCCACCACGCUCGGCCAGAUGCUCAACAUCACCAGCCUGGCCGACCUGGUGACGGCCGCGAUCAAGGGCGUGAACGCCAGCCACCCGCUGCAGUCCGUGCUCGACGCCGUCAGGGCGGAGGUCCCCGCGCUGGUCGUGCCGCGGUUCUCUGCGGCCAACCUGACCAACGCGCUGGGCUUCCUCGGCUCUCUCGUUGGCAACGGUAGCAGCACGGCGGGCGCCGCGGCGACGCCGCUGGCGGCGGUGGUCAACCUGGUCAAGGGCGCGGGCGUGCUGUCGGCCGCCGCCAACUCGUCCAACCCGCUGGGCGCCGUGCUGAAUGCUCUGGGGGCCGGGCCCAACAACGCGACUAACCCGCUGGUUGGCCUGGCCAAGCUCGUGUCGGCGCUCUCGCCCUCGGACGCCGACACCACCGACAAGUCGGACGUGCUGAGCGCCAUCCUUGGCGCGAUCAAGACCAGCACCGGCGCGUCUCCCGCCACCGCCAUCCUAGGCGCCGUCACGAGCGUCAUCGCCGGCGGCGAGGCGGCCAGGUUCAACGUGACAGGCCUCCUGAAGAACUUCCACGUCGGUGCCACCAACGCCUCCACAGUCGUCGCCACAAUCAAGGCGGCCGUCGCCGACGCGAAGGUGGCGCCUCUCAUUGAGAAGCUGGGCGGCGUUUCAACCUCCGCCUCCUCAUCAGCGGCCACCAGCCAAGCCAGCGGCCCGAUGUCUGCGGUCCUGUCCUUGAUCACCGGCAGCGGGGCCAACGGCCUAGGCGUCGACCUGCCCACCCUCGCGACCGUGUUCAAGGACGUCUCCCCGCUGCUGCAGAUCCUCGGCGGCAAGACGGUCAAGCCCACCACCAGCACCAGCGCCACCUCAACCACCACCGCCGGCGCCAGCGCCAGCGCGAGCACGAGCAUGCUGUCCAAGGUUCUCAACCUCGUGAACACCGUCCGCAGCACCACCAACACUGCGAGCGGCAUCGACCUCACCGACGGCAUCAGCAUGUCCGACCUCACCAACACGUUGACCCUGGCCACCCAGGCGGCGCCUGUGUUCCAGGCAAUCACGGCCGCCGCGGGCACCAGCGGGUCCAUCUUGACCAAAAUCCAGUCCUUCCUGGACUCUCUUUAG